AUAUUUUAAUCUUUUCCUUCACAGACAUUAGAUUCGGUAAUCAUGGUUUCACUCCAUAAACCAGUUCAUUAAACACCGUGUUUCAAUUUUAAUACUCCUUUUGAGUUUUGACCAUGUUGAUUGUUUCAGCGUUUUCUUUCCUCUUUUCUCUCUCUCAGAAUAUAAAAACAUGAAAGAAUCUAGGACUAAGGUUGUCAUCAGUUUAUACCAGCUUGUCUUGAACAUGCGUUUCAUCUUCUUCUUCCACCCAUGUGCAUCAUCGAUUUCCUUUCAAUUUAGCAAAAGGGUAGUCUGUAUUUCAUAGUUGUCUCGUGCUCUCUCUCUCUCUCUCUGGCUUGAGUCUUGCUGGUUCUGUUGCAGCUCUGAAGGCAUUCAAUUCAAAGCACUCUUUCUAAGAUUGAAAAACACCAUCAAAGCCAUGUGUGGUUGUAGAGAAAUUUGCUUAUUAUUCAUCUGUGCCAUAUCAAUCUUUCCCUUGGUAUGUUCUUCUGCUAAAUUUGUUCCUCUAGAUAAUUAUCUUAUAGAUUGUGGUGCACCUUCAAACACUUCAAUAAAUGGCCGAAAUUUCACAUCAGAUAGUUUCUUCAAGAAUUUCCUUUCCACCCCACAAGACAUUCUUGCCAAUACCUCCUUGAAAUCAAUCACUUCCUCCACUGAUGCACCUCUCUAUCAAACAGCAAGGAUUUUCAAUGCAUCCUCAAAAUACACAUUCCCUAUGAACCAAAAGGGGAGGCACUGGAUCCGUCUUUAUUUCUUUGCAUUUGCAUAUGAGAAUCACAAUUUGAGUGCUGCGAAUUUCGCUGUCACCACACAAAACAAUGUCCUUCUCAGUAACUUUACUGUGAAUCAAAAUCCUGUUAUGAAGGAGUACUCAGUGAAUGUGACCUCAGAAACCCUUGUGAUCACUUUUACCCCUUCCACCAAUUCCAUUGCUUUUGUGAAUGCCAUUGAAGUUGUUUCAGUCCCUGAUGAUCUCAUUGCUGAUGAUGCUACCACGCUAAAUCCGCGAACAAGCUACUCAGGGUUGUUGGCACAAGCAUUUGAGACAGUUUUCAGGGUUAACAUGGGUGGUCCUAUUGUUUCCUCUUUCAGUGACCCCCUUCAUCGUAGUUGGGUUCAAGAUCGUAGCUUUCUUAUAGAACCUAACACGGCUAAGAAUUUUUCUAGCGUAGGUUCUGUUAAGUAUGUAGAGGGUGGACCAACACAAAAUACUGCACCGCCUUCUGUCUAUGGUACUCUGAUAGAGAUGAACUCGGAGUACGAUCCUCGUAGUAAUUUCAAUGUGACAUGGAAGUUUAAUGUGGAACCUGGAUUUCAGUACCUUGUUCGUCUUCACUUCUGUGACAUAGUUAGUAAAGGUCUCAAUCAGCUCUAUUUCAAUGUUUACGUUGAUUCCUCUUUGGCUGCGAAGGAUCUUGAUCUCAGUAUAGAAAAUGAUAAUAUUUUGGCCACUCCUUAUUAUAUGGAUUUGGUUACUUCCCCAUCUGUCAGCAACAAAAUUCUUGUGAGUAUUGGCCCUUCUACUCUGAAUAGUGAUUAUCCUAAUGCUAUUUUGAAUGGACUUGAGAUCAUGAAAAUGAACAAUUCUGAGAGCAGUCUCAGUGCAUCAAUAGCUGUUCCUAUUUCUAGUAGUAAUUCUGGUUCAAGUUCUAAGAAAGUUGCUGUGAUGGUUGGGGUGAGUGUUGGGAUAUUUGUUGCGCUAGUCCUGGUUGGAGUUUUCUUUGUAGUGCGCAAGAAGAGAACAUGGUCGGCACGAGAAACAGAUUCGAAGACAUGGAUUCCUAUAUCAGUCAAUGGUGGAACUUCUCACACAAUGGGAAGUAAAUAUUCCCAUGGCACGGCAGCAAGUGCUGCUUCGAAUUUCGGGUACCGCAUCCCUAUUGUGGCUGUUCUGGAGGCUACAAACAAUUUUGAUGAGAGUUGGGUUAUUGGCAUUGGUGGUUUUGGCAAGGUGUACAAGGGAGAAUUGAAUGAUGGUACUAAAGUUGCUGUUAAGAGGGGGAAUCCUUGGUCGGAGCAAGGGCUUGCUGAGUUCCGAACCGAAAUUGAAAUGCUGUCUCAGUUCCGCCACCGCCAUCUGGUAUCCUUGAUUGGCUAUUGUGAUGAAAAGAAUGAGAUGAUCUUGAUCUAUGAGUAUAUGGAGAAAGGAACUCUCAAGAGUCAUUUGUAUGGUUCAGGUCUCCCGAGCUUAAGCUGGAAGGAGAGACUUGAGAUAUGCAUUGGAGCAGCGAGAGGACUGCAUUACCUUCAUACUGGUUAUGCUAAAGCGGUUAUUCACCGCGAUGUGAAAUCUGCGAAUAUCCUGCUUGAUGAGAACCUUAUGGCUAAAGUCGCUGAUUUCGGACUAUCAAAGACGGGGCCAGAAAUUGACCAGACUCAUGUGAGCACAGCUGUUAAAGGGAGUUUUGGGUACCUUGAUCCAGAGUAUUUUAGGAGGCAACAGCUAACAGAAAAGUCUGAUGUGUAUUCAUUCGGGGUAGUUCUGCUCGAGGUCCUAUGCGCGAGGCCGGUGAUAGACCCAUCGCUUCCGAGAGAAAUGGUGAACUUGGCAGAAUGGUCAAUGAAGUGGCAGAAGAGAGGGCAACUGGAUCAAAUCAUAGAUCCAACACUUGCUGGGAAAAUCAGACCAGAUUCUUUAAGGAAGUUUGGUGAAACCGCUGAAAAAUGCUUGGCUGAUUUCGGUGUUGACAGACCUUCAAUGGGAGAUGUGUUGUGGAAUUUGGAGUAUGCUCUCCAACUUCAAGAGGCUGUUGUUCAAGGUGAUCCUGAAGAGAACAGUACGAAUAUGAUCGGUGAACUCUCUCCACAGGUCAACAACUUCAGCAAUGAAGCGAGUUUUUCUGCGGUUCAGUUUGAAGCAUCAAGUCUUGAUGAUCUAUCUGGUGUUUCUAUGAGUAAGGUGUUCUCACAGCUAGUGAAGUCUGAGGGGAGGUGAAUUUGAAUACUACAUUUUCUAAAAUCUGCAAUUACAUUACUUUUCUUUUAUGAUGUUGGUGACUUGUCUUCUGCACAAUAAUUCUCUGCCCCCUCACAGAGGAUUGAGACACUUCACAAUUUAUAGAGUUGUAUAGAAAUACCAGAGUUAGUGAAACAUGUUUGGUUAAUUGGUAUCUGAACAAUACAUUUCCAUGUUUAGAUUUCUGAAGUUUGGACUUGAUUAUUUUGAAAAAAAGUGAAUGCAAGUUGUGUGAAUGUAUUAUUGAGGUACCUUACCACUUACAGAAACAGCUGAAUCUUGAAAUGUAUUAUGACAUGUUUGAAUC